GCAGGGGCUGUGGGCCCGCGAUGGCGAGCGCGCUCUCGCUCCGCGGGGUGCUGGGGCUGCUGCUGGUGUCUGCGCUGCCCGAGGUCCUCGGAGUCCUCCCCAGCCCCGACCUCCAGGCACACCCAGGGGACCCCACCCAGGCCGGCCCUGCGGUCGCUGAACCCCGGCGGCGGCAGCCGCUCCAGGACCAGCACGAGCGGGCCCGGGCCGGGGCACUGCCCCUGGGGGCGCUGUACACCGCAGCCGUCGUGGCUUUUGUGCUGUACAAGUGUUUGCAGCAGGGGAAGGAUGAGGCUACUGUUCUCCAAGAGGAGGCGAACAAAAAGGAAUCAUUACAGUCCGAGCAACAGCUGGCUCAAUUGACACAACAACUGGCCCAGACAGAGCAACACCUAAACAAUCUGAUGGCCCAGCUGGACCCCCUGUUUGAACGUGUGACUACCCUGGCUGGAGCCCAGCAGGAGCUUCUCAACAUGAAGCUACAGACCAUCCACCAGCUGCUGCAAGAGAACAAGCCAGACAAGGGUGUAGAGGUUCUAGAACCAGAAUGCAGCAGCCCCUUUCCCGAGGCCUUAUGUAUAGAGGACGAGGAGGCUGCCAACAGUCAGUCCUGGGAGGAGCCCCUGAACUGGAGCACAGAGACAAGGAACCAGGCUCCUCCCUGGGAAGUGGAGCAGGGACUCAGGAGAAGAUACAGCAGGGCGAGGGCAAAGGGCCCCAGCCCCCACCCCUGCUGGAAAGGAGGGACGGCAGCUGAAAGUUUAGUAAAACAAAGUCUGUUCUUGUGACUGGAUGCUCCCGUGUGCUUUUUCCACUCCGGCUGGUGACACACACACCCAUACUAGGUGCCUCCGAACAACUGGGGCUUCUUGAAAAACUUCCCUUAUUAGGACAAAAAGAGGCUGCCUUCCCGUGUGAGAGCUCAGAAGCUAGAGGGAGCUGCGGCCUUCCCUGUGUUCCUGAGGCCCGCAGGCCAGUCGUCAGGGCACAAAAAUCCCUUCUUUCAUAAGGCAUAGCUGAGAGAAAGGUCUUUCAAAAAAAAAAAAACUUUACUAAAAACAGUGGGACAAUAAGCGGGAGAAACAAUAUACAAAAUGAAAGUAGCUACAUUCCAAAGUUGCAACCUUGAUACAUGACUGGCCAUACACCCAGUACCGAGUCUCUCAUCCAAGGCCCUGAUCUGUGUUGGAGAGGCUGGCUCAGCGGAGGUUCACUUGGGUAGACUCAGUUUCCUGAUUCUUUAAAGAGCUGGUCCAACGACCCGGUGUGGCUUGGUCUCACACAAACAUAAAAGGCCUUUUUCAAACCGUGAAGCGUUCUGUGUUUUGUUUAAUACUGAAGAUUCCUUUGUGCUCCUGACUCUGACCUAUCCCUGAAGUAUCCUGGAUUCUGGAAUUUGUAAGAUUCUUCUAGUUCUUCUGGCUGCUGUGGAGAGAAGAAGGUCAGUUCAGGCACUGGCAAGAGUCCACUACUCAGACCCAUCCUUUGGGAGGGGGGCCGGGCAUGCAGGACAUGACGACAUCAGAACUGCUCACUCCCAGCUCAUGGGCUGCAUCCAGCGUUCUUCCUGAGGGAACAGUUUACCUGAUGGCCACAGUCAGGCUGUGGUACCAGCGCAACAGCUCCUCCUGGUCUGUGGACAUAAGCAGGAGCUUCUCGUGGGGAAAGGACAGCUAGGGAGAGACCACAUUUUAGUACAUGGCUCAGAGGGGUCAAAGGCCAGAGCUGUCUGCAAGGAGGUACUUAGGGCCGGGAGAACUAUGUUGUAUGAAGCCCGAGCCCAGUUACCUGCUCUCCACGUAGAAGGCUCAGUUCCUAUGGAAGGGCCCAGGCCAAGGAGAUAAACAGGUACAUAGCCACAUAAGGUACAUUUGGGGCCUCCCUUGCCUUACCCCGGACUCCCCCGUAACUUACACUGAGCAGUCCACCACAAGGGCCUCCUGAGUGGCCAAAGACCCUGCGGAGUUGACACUGGGACAUGGGGUAGAGGGCCCGGCAGGCAAAUGUGCCGCUCUGCAGCAGGUGCAAUGGGGGGCGAGGCUUGGCCAUGAGGAGCACAUCAGAGAAGAGGAAGAACAUUCGGGGUCGAGGCUCCCCACGGGGAGGCACCACCAAUAGCCACCCCUGGCGUAGGAACCAGCGACCUAGAGGAUGGGAGAGCUGUUACUCUGGCACAACUCCAGGACCACGAUCCACAGGAAGAGAAGGGGAAGUGGAGAAACAGAGGGUAUGUGCUGGCAAUAUAGAAGAAGUGGGGCAACAAAAGCAGUGUUUGAGGAUUGAGAAAGAUGUGCCACAAUACCUGAGGUAAGUCCCUUUGCGUGGCGUCCACCGAGCAGAGCCUGGACACGCCGGAGGUGCUGGUCAUUCUUCUGUUUCUGACCUAUGGUGUGGACCCUCUGGGCAGUCUCACUUAUCAGCCGGGCAGCCCCUAGAACGACACGCCCCACCCCACUUCCAGCACCACUGUGACUUCGCGUGACUGGCAGUGGUGAAUGAUGGGCUGUUUACAGAGGUCAGGGUUCAACUUCUAAAGAGUAGGUAGAGCAAUAGCGACACCAGACAGUGGGAGACUGGGGCCCAACAGACACGAGAUGGGAGAGCUGUUGGAAGAGAGAACCAGAAACAGGAGUGACGGCCUCCCGCCUGAAUUUUGGAGGAGUAAGAACAUACGUGUCAGCUGCUGGUGGUCAGGGCUGCUGGGGCCUGUGUUCUCAGCCAAAGCAACAACAAGAGUCUCAUACCUGGAAUUAGACAGCAGGAAGUCAAUGAAGGGAAGCAGUGUCAGGUGAAACUCCCUCUGCUUUGGUGAGUGUGGCAGAGUCCUAUAUGGAGGUGUGAAACUGUACUCCGAGAAUUGUAGUUAUGUAAUCUAAGUGGCAAGUCAGUAAAUAAGUAAAAUAAAAAAACCCUCUGCCUGACAUAUAACCCCUAUGUAUUAUUUGGUUGCAUGGCCCAGAGAGAUCUGCUCCUGGCUACCGGAUUCCUGUCACAUAGAAUACAGGCCACAUGCCCUCGUCCAUUCCACAACGAAGAGUAUGGGGUGCGCUGACCACAGUUCCGGAGCCUAAAUCCCAAGAUUAAAGUUAACCCACCCACGGAGGAUGCCACAGACAACCUUACUAUAUACGCUCUUGACUCAUCCGCAGGAGCAGAAAUCCUAAGGUAGGCCAGGCUCUAAUCUCAAUAAACUCUUCUUGAUACCUGUCACAGCCCUAUUAUGGGCCCUGUAACUUUAAUGCAGAGUUCCCCAGUCCCAGCUAAGAGGCUGUGGGCCCUGGGUACUCCAGUGAGUUCACGCAGGAUUUCAAGAGCAGUUUGUCCCAGGAGAGAGGCACUGGGACAGACCCCAUGCAGCCCCACAAAGCUGAGGGCAGCAGUCAUACACUCAGAAAAGGGAAGAUGGCUGAGUCACUCACUGCUGGAGCCUCUCCAGAGGCAGAGGGAGCAGGUCCUGGAGCUGAAGGCCCCCAAACUCAGGGCGGCCUUCCUGAAGCCGCACACACCUCCUGAAACGUUUGCUUUUCUUUAGUAGUUCCUAGAGGAGGGGUGAGGGUUUGCGGCCUUGAGAGAAGCCACUCUUUAUAUGGUAUUCAUCUGUGCACACAGGGCUCAGGAAGCUGUGUGCUCCUGAGAGCAGCUGUCUCCCUACAGGGAGCUUAGCAUACAGCCGGGACCCAGAGGCCCUGGAAGUGCAGGAACAACACUAGAGAAGUUUGGGUCUCCAGGCGAGGUGGAAACGUAUUAGGGCAAGAGAGGAAGAGAAGGGGAACCCGAGUCACCUUCGGGUUACCUGUAGGGUGGUCUGGGCCCUCUCUGCGUUGGCAGCAAAUUGUACGUAGAGCUCCAGGUGGGGGCA